ACAAAAUGCUCGAUUUUCUGGUAUUUAGGCGUGUCACUGCGGAACUGGGAGGUAAACUGCGCAUAAUAUUUGUGGGAGGAGCUCCUCUGGCGGAAGAAACGCAAACCAGGAUGCGAGCCUUGUUCGGGUGCACAAUACAGGUUGCCUACGGCUGCACCGAAACGGGCGCGUGCAUCACCGGAACCCUCCCCUGCGACCUCCGCACUGGUAUGUGUGGUGGGCCUUGCCACGGCGUCCUUGUGAAGCUUGUUGACUGGGACGAAGGCGAGUACCGCAUCACAGACAAACCAUACCCCCGGGGAGAGGUCCUCGUGUCUGGCCCUAAUGUCGCGAAGAGUUACUUCCUUAGGCCUGAGGAGACAAAGAAGACGUUCGUCGAGAUCGACGGCAAGCUUUGGUUCAGGACGGGCGACAUCGGCGAGAUCGACGACACAGGUUCUAUUCGCAUCAUCGACCGCAAGGGUGACUUCAUAAAGCUAAACGACGGCGAGAUCAUCGCAUUAGGAAGGAUCGAGUUGAAUCUGUAAAA